UACACGAUGAGAAGAGACAUAAGGUGGUUGUGGAAGAAGAGAUGGAGGAAGCAAAGGGAGUAGUGAAGCACGUGCUCCUAGCUAAGUUCAAGGACGACGUCACUCCAGAGCGGAUUGAAGAGCUCAUCAAGGACUAUGCCAAUCUGGUCAAUCUCAUCCCACCCAUGAAGUCAUUCCAUUGGGGCAAGGAUGUAAGUGCUGAAAACCUGCAUCAAGGCUUCACUCAUGUCUUUGAAUCAACCUUUGAGAGUCCAGAAGGCGUUGCAGAGUAUGUAGCUCAUCCUGCCCAUGUUGAAUAUGCAAAUUUGUUCCUUUCCUGCUUGGAGAAAGUCAUUGUGAUUGACUAUAAGCCUACCGUUGUUAAGCUUUGAUUGGAGAAGUAAAGCCUCGUUCACUGCUAGUGUUCUUAUAAAAAUAAACUUUGUUUUCUGUCUAAGCAAUUUCUGUAUACACUACGAUGCUCCUCCCCCGUCAUAUAUUGAGGGUUAUUCUCUCUUGUCUUGAUUUUGACAAUUCUAAAAACCUUAUUGAUAUAGGACUAUGUACUAUUGAAUCACUCCAAUGUUUAAAAAUCAAGAGUCAGUUACUUAUAGUUUUA